AUGGGUGCUAUUCCCGAAGCCGACCCCGAUGAGGCCAUCGAGACCAAGCCUUUCAAGUUCGUGACUGCUGGCUACGAUGCUCGUUUCCCGCAGAUGAACCAGACCAAGCACUGCUGGCAGAAUUACGUCGAUUACUACAAGUGCGUCAACGCCAAGGGCGAUGACUUCCGCCCUUGCCGUCAGUUCUACCACGCCUACCGUUCUCUCUGCCCCAAGGCCUGGACCGACCGUUGGGAUGGCCAGCGCGAGGGCGGCAACUUCCCCGCGAUCCUGGACCGGUAA